GCUGCAAGACCGCAGCUGCAAGAGGCGCCACCAUGGCCGUCCUCCUGGCGGCAUUCGUGUCCAUCGUGUUGGACUGGCGGUGGAUCACCACUGCGAUGGUCUUUGUCGUCACGUGUUUCGUAAGCCACUUCUACCAACGAGUGUCCAGGUACCCGAGAGGACCGUUCCCCGUGCCACUGCUCGGGAACCUACUCGAUAUGCGAAAUGAGGACUUGCACACCAAGGCGAUCGAGUGGUCCAAGACGUACGGCGACGUCUUUACGCUGUGGAUUUCGCACAAACCGAUGGUGAUCCUUAACAGCUACGAUGUCAUUCGGGAAGCGCUCGUCAAGCAAAAGACUAUCUUCGCGGGACGUCCUCCUUCCAAAAUGCGUGACAUACAAAACCAAGGAAAUCAUGACAUUAUGUUCGAGGAUUACACGCCAUACUGGAGGGCUCUCCGAAAAGCAGCAUUCCUGGCUGUGCGGAGAUACGCCGUCACAAAGACUCCGCAAAGGCUUUGCGUACGCGUCGUGGACGCCUACGUAGACGCCUUGAAAAUGGGGCCGCAAGUCGUCGACUCAAAAAAGUUUUUCUUCUCCAUGAUUUACAAGCUCGUCGGAGCCUCGAUGUACAGCGCAAGCCCUAAGAAUCUGAUUGUAUUUUGCAGCCUGGACGGAGAAGAGCGAGAAAUUCUUCGCCUGGAAGAGAUAGACCACGAGUACUACGAGGUCUCGCCAAAUGGCCUGCCAAGUGACGUUGCUCCAAUUCUGGGACUCCUGUACCGCGAGAGUGAGAGGAAGAUCGAGGCACUGUACACAGAGUUCCGAGAGAUUGUGCACCGGCUGUUCAAUAAGGCCGAAGAGUCGUACCACGCAGGCAGCGACGACAACAUCGUGCACGCUCUCCUUGCUGCCCGGGAGGAGGCCAUCCGUGAGAGGGAGAGCAACGCCCAAUACAUUACGAAAGCAAACUUGGUUCAAGUGGUCAUGAACUUGUUCGGAGGCGCAACCGACACUACGGCGUCAGCACUUCAAUGGAUGUUCAUCAGGCUUGCUAAGCACCCUGACGUUCAGAAGAGGAUACAAAACGAAAUAGAAGAGAAGAUCGGAAUUGACCCACCUGUCUACGGAGACCGAGAAAAGCUACCUUUCACAACGGCCUGCAUGCUAGAGACUAUUCGCUGUCAUCCCUUUGCACCGAUUGGGAUGCCCCACAAGGCAUCCGCAGAAACCAGACUCGGCACGCUGGCCAUACCCAAGGACGCGAGCGUGUUGUUCAACAUCUACAGGGUGAACCACGACCCAAACCUCUGGGAGGAACCGGAGAAAUUCCGACCUGAUCGCUUUCUCGACCCCGCGACUGGAAGCCUGCGUCAGGACGCCGGACCGCUGGUCAGCUUCAGCUUGGGUACAAGGGCUUGUCCAGGAGAGAAGCUUGCGCACGUGGACAUAUUCUACAUCCUCGUCCGAUUCAUGCAGAGAGUCAGCUGCAGUGCCGUCGAUGAUGCCUCCAGUGUGGAAUUGAACAGCAUCGGCUCGUCACUGUUCUUCCUACCCGCUCAACGUGAUAUCGUUCUCUGUAGGAGAAACUGAGACUUCGUGCGUUAA